AUUAUAGUUCUGUUCGUUUCCAUAUCAUUUUUCAAUGCUACGUAUACCACUGCUCCCUACUCUUCGGAGAGAAGUCCUCAGAACUUCAAGAGGUUAUACCACAAACAGGAUCGCUGUGGAUGGCUUCACCGGUUCAGUAGGCAACACACCUCUGAUAUAUUUGAAGUCUCUGUCAGAACAGACGGGAUGUAAGAUAUUUGGCAAGGCAGAAUUCCAAAAUCCUGGUGGAAGCAUCAAAGACCGAGCUGCUGUUGGUGUAGUAAGAGAUGCUGAGGAAAAAGGAUUCCUCAAACCCGGGGGGACCGUAGUGGAAGGCACGGCUGGAAAUACUGGCAUUGGUCUGGCACACGUAUGCAGGUCAAAAGGCUACAAAUGUGUCAUUUUCAUGCCGAAUACUCAGAGUCAAGAAAAGAUCGACCUUCUUCGUAUGCUGGGUGCUGAAGUAUUCCCUGUCCCUGCUGUUGCGUAUGAAAACCCCCAGAAUUACAAUCACCAAGCCCGCGAAUACGCCAAAAGCAUACCAAACGCUAUAUGGACAGAUCAGUUCGACAACACGGCUAAUGCAUAUGCACAUUACAUUUCUACUGGUCCAGAAAUCUGGGAGCAAACACAAGGUGAAAUUGAUGGAUUCAUCUGCUCGACGGGCACAGGAGGGACUUUGGCUGGUGUAGGAAAGUAUCUAAAAGAGAAGAGUAAAUGUAAGACACAGACCUGGUUGGCAGACCCACCGGGCAGUGUCUUGCACAGUUAUAUAACAAGCGGUGGCAAGUUGACUGAGAGGAAAGGAAGUUCUAUUACUGAAGGUAUUGGCCAAGGAAGAAUUACGCAUAACUUAGCAACCUUCGUGAAUGAUAUCACUGGAUCAAUACACAUCUCUGAUGAGAAGUCUAUAUCAAUGGUCUACCAGCUCUUGGAUACGGAGGGGCUGUAUGUUGGAGCCAGCUCUGCACUCAACGUCGUUGCUGCCGUCGAGCUUGCUCAAAUGAUGGGGAAAGGGUCCAAGGUUGUUACAGUUUUAUGUGAUGGUGCUUAUCGGUACCAGAGUCGGCUAUUCUCGAAGAAAUGGUUAAAGGCGAAAGGGUUAGAGGAGGCCAUUCCUGAACAUCUGAAGAAAUAUUCUGUGUUGGAUUAACGGCACUUUGUCUAAUCGUUUGAUCUGUGAAUGAUGGAAUCUAAUAACUACAUAGACUUACUAGUACGGCAAUGAUAGUGCAUUCCACGUAUCUCAUUCGAUGCUAGAUUUAUAGCUGUCUGAUUUGCAAUCCUGAUUGCUAUGCCAAUGAAAACAUACCGAAUUAGAGUGGCCAUCUCAACGCCAUCUU